AUGGGUACAGGUAUCCAGGUCACCUCCCCGUGUGAUUCCCGUCCUCGCCUCCUCCCCGGCGCCCAGCUCCCGGACUCGGCGGCCCGGCCGUACUCCUGCACCGACUGUCACCGCAGCUUCCUGCGCAAGUCCCACCUGACCAGCCACCAGCGGACCCACCGCGGGGAGCGGCCGUACCCCUGCGAGGUGUGCGGGAAGAGCUUCCAUUACCGCCACCACCUGGUGGGCCACAAGCGCAUCCACACCGGGGAGACGUUGUAUUCCUGCCAAUACUGCGGCAUCAAAUUCAACCACAAAGGGAACUACCAGACCCACACCCGCCUCCACACGGGCGAGCGCCCCUUCUGCUGCGACCGGUGCGGGAAAAGCUUCAACCGCAAGGCGGACCUCAUCACGCACUGCCGCAUCCACACCGGGGAGCGCCCCUUCACCUGCGCCGAGUGCGACAAGAGCUUCAGCCGCAAGCAGCACCUGGUGAUCCACCGCCGCCGGCACACCGGAGAGACCCCAUUCACCUGCGACCAGUGCGAUCAGAGCUUCGCCCACCGCAAGGCGCUAAUGAGGCACCAGGAGGUGGUUCACUCCACGCAGAGGCCGCACAGCUGUGCCGAGUGCGGGAAGGGGUUCGCCUGCCACUCCCACCUCCUCGCUCACCAGCGAGUUCACCAAAAUGGCGCGGUGGGCGGGGAGAAGCCGUUCUCAUGCGAUCAGUGCCGCCGGAGCUUUGUGGCGCAGCCCCACCUGCACGCCCAUCAGAAGUCGCACAACAAAAGGGGCGGGGAGCGGCCGUUCGCCUGCGCCGACUGUGGGAAAGGGUUCAGCAGCCGGCAGUACCUGAGCCGCCACGAGAAGAUCCACACCGGAGAGCGCCCCUUCCGCUGCGACGUGUGCGGAGACAGCUUCAUCCAGAAACCCAACCUGGAGCGGCACAAAGGCAUCCACAGCGGGCAGCGCCCCUUCCCCUGCACCGUGUGCGGCGGCACCUUCUUCCGCAAACACAACCUGGUGCGACACCAACGCAUCCACACCGGAGAACGCUUACAUUUCAGCUGUAAGGUGUCACAGCCCGUCACGUCUCCGCAGGCGGGGCAAGGCGGCUGUCACAGUGGGGUGGGGCCGCUGGAAAAUCCCUGUAAAAAUGUCUGCUGUAACCGCACACGCUCCGAGCAAUGA